AUGUCAUAUUCAGAACCGACUGUUGCGUUCAUCGGAUGUGGUAACAUGGGAGGAGCCAUUCUUCACGGCGUACUCGAUGCCGCAUUCUCAGGCCAAGUUUCAGAGUCUGCGAAGUCACGACCAGUAUCCAAGUUCAUUGCUUGCACAAAGACGGCCUCUUCGGCGGAGCGCCUGAAGGCGUCUAUCCCUGCCGAGCAGCAGCCUCAUGUCCAAGUGAUAUCUUCGCAAGCAGUACCCGUGGGUGUCAUGCAAUCUGCAGACAUUGUCGUGCUUGGCUUUAAGCCAUUCAUGGCAGAAGAUGUCCUGCGGUCAGAGGGGGUGAAAGAUGCACUUGCUGGAAAGCUAGUCAUCAGUCUGCUGGCUGGGCAGACACCCCAGAAUUUGACCCGUAUUAUACGCGAAAGCGGGCCUGGUGUGGCUUCAGACCCUAUUGUCGUCAAGGCUAUACCGAAUAUGGGCGCGCAGUUCCGCCAGUCGAUCACUAUCAUUGAGACACCUGAAGAGCCAAUCCCCGCGCAUAUGACCGAGGUGGUGGAGUGGAUGUUCAAACAAGUCGGCGAGAUCAAGUACCUUCCUCAAAGCCAGAUGGACCUUGGUUCUGUGCUUGUCGGCGCGGCUCUUGCAGCCAUGACUGUUCCCAUCGAAGGAAUUCUAGAUGGAUGUGUGGCCGAAGGCCUGAAGCGAUCUGACGCAAUGGAAAUGAUGCUGGGUGGUCUACGGGGACUCUCCGCCGCUUUGGAAUCCGGUAUUCAUCCUGCAGUUCUUCGGGAGAGUAUUUCCUCGCCACGAGGAUGUACAAUCCAGGCUUUGUUGACUCUAGAGAAGGCUGGAAGUCGGGCAGAUUACGCUGAAGCAAUCAUCAAGGGUACACAACACUUGAAGAAGGCAGAUAAAUAG